AUGCAGUACGUGCGCAGUAUCAGUGGCUCCGUCUCCAAGACCUGGAAUUCUAUCAAUCCAGCCACCUUGAGCGGGGCCAUUGAUGUAAUCGUCAUUGAACAAGAAGACGGCACACUCGCUUGUUCUCCUUUUCACGUUCGCUUUGGCAAGUUCUCAUUGCUCCGUCCCUAUGAAAAGAAGGUGGAGUUCAAAGUCAAUGGGCUCAAGCAAAAUUACUCCAUGAAGCUCGGGGAGGGCGGGGAGGCCUUUUUUGUGUUUGAGACGUCAGAUGAAAUCCCCGCUUCCUUACAGACCUCGCCAUUAGUGUCGCCGACGGGUAGCCCGAGAACGCGUAGCGAAGAAAUCCUCCCGGGCUCUCUCCAGGAACCCGACUAUCUGGAUCUAGAUCGAUCGUCUUCUAAUGGAAAUGGCAACGAGCCGAAAAGUCUUCCCAUACUGUCAAGGAGCAUGCGGGCAACCAGUGAUUUAGGAACGAUGACACCUUUGUCAGGGUCGCCAGGUGACUCUAGUACGAGCAGGUCUCGUCAUGGUUCGUUCGGAGAUGAACCAGAACCGGGGAAGCUGGACCGUGCGGUUUCAGACGACGUUCUCCUGAACCAGACGCAUAGUGCGGCAGACCAGGUUUAUGGUUUGCACGUAGCAGGUUCAACCGAUGAUCCUGAUCUGGCCCGUUCUCGGAGUCCUCCCCCCCUGUCUCUGGAAGACGCUGUUUCCCGUGCAACAGCUCUGUCAAAGAAGCUCUCUGGGUCAAAUAUCCGCUCGCAUGUGACUGAGACGGGCGAUCUUAUGCUUGACAUGACUGGCUACAAAAGCAACGAGGAGGACGCUCUCCGUGCUGAAGUCAUUGCACGUAAAAUCCUCUCUGAAGAGCUGGAAGGGUGUUACGAUAUUGGCGCCCUGAUAGGAGCUGACGAGCAUGGGAACCUGUGGAUCUAUAGCAGUGAGGAAGCAAAGGAAACCGCUAACCGCCGUGCCGCGUUUAGCUCAAUGAGGCCCGGCUCUGCGAUGAGUGACAACGCUAUCUCCGACCCCGGGUAUCAUAGUGACGGUGACAAGUCCGUACGUGACUCGCCGAUCCAGACCCGCCACCAUCGCACCCAGUCUGAUGUUCAGCCGGGUAUCCCUACCCCUCCACAGUCACCGACUCCUGGAGAGACAACUCGCAACUACGCGAAGACUUUGCGCCUGACGAGCGAUCAGCUUAAGGCUUUGAACUUAAAGCCAGGCGCCAAUGAUAUGUCAUUCAGCGUCAACAGAGCCACUUGCACGGCAACCAUGUAUCUGUGGAACGGAAACACACCGAUUGUCAUAUCAGAUAUUGAUGGGACCAUUACAAAAUCCGAUGCGUUGGGCCAUGUGUUGAAUAUGAUUGGCCGCGACUGGACACACGCUGGAGUAGCUAAGCUAUACACAGAUAUCGUCAACAACGGCUACAAUAUUAUGUACCUUACUAGCCGAUCUGUUGGCCAGGCAGAUACUACUCGCGCAUAUAUCUACGGCGUUAACCAGGACGGAUAUAGACUGCCCAAAGGUCCCGUUAUCACGAGUCCCGACCGGAUGAUUGCAGCCCUCAGGCGAGAGAUUUAUCUGAGGAAACCAGAAGUGUUCAAGAUGGCAUGUCUCCGGGACAUUCUGAACCUCUUCAAUGGAAAAGAGAAUCCCUUCUAUGCUGGAUUUGGUAAUCGAUUGACCGACGCUUUGAGUUACCGAUCUGUCAACAUCCCGUCUACCAGGAUUUUCACGAUCAACUCGAACGCCGAGGUGUCCCUAGAUCUUCUCAGCCUGAACAAGUAUAAGAGCAGCUACGUUACCAUGCGGGAGCUCUUGGAUCAUUUCUUCCCGCCCGUUAGUCUACUUGUUCAGGCUGGGGGUGAAGAGUACACUGAUUUUACUUACUGGCGUGAACCUCCACCAGAGCUGGCCGAUUUCUCAAGCUCAGAUAGUGAGGAUGAAGAAGACGAAGAGGACGAGGACGAGGAAGAUGAAGAGGAAGAUGAUUAUGAUGCGGAGCUGAGUGAUGAAGACGGCAGUGAGAUUGAUGAGGAUGCCGAGGAAGACCUUGGUGACAGCUAUAUCUCGCAGGCCUCACUUGACCUCACCGAUGGUCAGAGUCACCUAGAAGAUGAUGAAGCGGACGACGAAGGCGCAGACGACGGGUCUAACGUGACUCCAAAACCAAGUCGCUUCGCGACUGCUGGUGCUAGCCCCUCUCCUAAACGCUGA